AUGCUUAUGAACAACGAUGGAACGGCUUUACAAAAUCUUGAUGGCUCAAUCGCAGUGGUGACUGGUGCGGCACAGGGGUUGGGUCUCGGAAUCGUCGAGCAACUUGCCCGCGACGGCGCAACGACAAUCAUCGCCGACCUGCAACUGGAGAAAGCUGAAACGGAAGCCAAUCGGCUGCGAACUGAUGGCUUGGAGGUACAUGCAGCUCACUUAGACAUCACUGACAGUGCCGUGGUAACAACGUUUUUUGAAAGAGUUGCCAAUGAACACGGACAAUUGGACAUCUUGGUCAACAACGCAGGCGUUGGUCAGAAGGUCACCCCCAUCGUGGAGUUAAGUGAUGAGGAGUGGAAUCGUGUGUUAAACGCUACCUUGACAGGGGCAUUCUACUGCUGCCGCGCUGCGGGUGGGAUUAUGGAGCGUCAGGAAUACGGCUGCAUUGUUAAUGUCGCCUCGAUCAAUGGCCAAAAUCCAGCAGCACUAGUUGCAGCGUAUAACGUAGCAAAGGCAGGCAUAAUUAGCUUGACCAAGACAUUGGCACUGGAGUUGGCAGCGUAUGGCGUGCGAGUAAAUGCCGUGAGUCCGGGUCCGGUUUACACCGAGUUUAACAGGAGGAAUAUGGCGCAACGCUGCGAGACGCUUAACAUCACUGAAGACGAGAUGAUCGAGCGCAUCCGUAGUGCCAUCCCGUUGGGACGGUGGGGCGAGCCAACAGACAUUGCGCGGGGGAUCGCCUUUCUAUGCAGCCCUCAAGCGUCUUGGAUUACGGGCGAGGUGCUCAGGGUCAGCGGCGGUAUGGAAGGUGUCUCUGCAACCCCACCGAAACGCCAAAAGAAUUGA